AUGUACAGCAAGAAGUCGUGGGGAGGGAAGGUCGAGCCAUUCAUCCUCGUUAAAUUCUUGAAGAACGGGGAGGACCAGAACAAGGGGAUUGAAGACCCAACAGUAGGCCUAGUCAUAUGGGAAUGGAAGGACUCGCUGCUGCUGGGCAAGCCGUCUGAAAUGCCUGUCGACGAUCGCUCCUACAUCUGCAACGACGACGCCAUCGACGCGAAGCUCUGUAACGGGACCCACAAGGGCGAAUGGAUCCUCGCUGACGACGCCGACACCGUCUCCAAUAUGCACAUUCGAACCGAAGCUGUCCAUCUCAACGACCCUAAGCCGAUCAACUAUCCCGUCGCCAGCGCAGAGCGAAAGGUAUCGAUUAAGACAGGAUACUAUUGUGUCGCAACUGCGGCGUACAGCAAAGAUGUCGAAUACGAAGCAAUCAUCACGUUCCGCAACGCGUAUGGCGAGCUUCCAGCGGCGCAAAUCGCGAAGCUCCCCUUCUACGGAGGCAUAACGAUCGUCUACUUUGUCGUCCUGCUGUUCUGGGGUUUCCUGUACUACCAGAACAGACACGACAUUCUGGCUGUCCAGAACUACAUCACAGCCAUUCUCGUCUUUCUGGUGGUCGAAAUGCUCAUGACUUGGGGCUUCUACGAUUACCAGAAUCGCCAUGGCAAUAACAUUGGAUCCAAGGUGCUUAUGGUCGUCGUUGCUGUACUGAACGCAUUCCGCAACUCGUUCUCGUUUUUCCUGCUGCUCAUUGUCUGCAUGGGCUACGGAGUUGUCAAGCCCUCGCUCGGCAAGACCAUGACCAUCGUUCGUUGGCUGGCUGUGGCUCACUUUGUCUUCGGUGUCAUAUACGCCGUCGCUUCGCUCACUGUCCGCCCUGAUGAUGCUGGACCUCUUGUCCUGCUUGUAAUCCUGCCCCUGUCUGCCACGUUGACCGCAUUUUACAUCUGGACCUUGAACUCUCUCAAUCUUACUAUGAAGGAUCUCAUGGAACGCAAACAACACGUCAAGGCUACUAUGUACAAGAGGCUCUGGUGGUGCAUCUUGACCAGCAUUGUAGUCAUCUUCGGUUUCUUCUUUAUCAACAGCUUUACAUUCGCCGGCGCAUCCACUCCAGACUUUGCGCCAACGCAUUGGCAGACCCGAUGGUUCGUCUUGGACGGCUGGCUAAACCUAGUCUACCUGGCUGAUGUUUGCUUCGUUGCAUACAUGUGGAGGCCGACUGCUAACAACAGGAGGUUCGCCAUGAGUGAUGAGAUUGCGCAAGAUGACGAUGGCUUCGAAAUUGCCUCCAUCCGCGAUUCUCUUGACGAGGAAGAUGGGCCUUCAGCCCACCCGCCUUCGUACGAUCCAGUGCGACCGCAGCGCGACGCAGCACGUGAUGCUUCGCCACUGCCUGCUCCUCAGGCGCAGAAGCCUAUCCACCCGCCUAGGGAAUCUCUUGAUGGUGACACCAUCUUUGCCGUUGGGGAAGACGACAAGUGGAGCGACGAUGAGGAUGACUUGGAGCCAGCAAGUCCGAAAGGGAGUGAUGACGAGAACGCAAGAUUGACAAGUAGCGCAAGUCAAAGCCGAAAGAACGAUUAG